UAGGGGGCGCCUAUAGGGGCACCUGCGCGGGGCCGGGCUCCGGUACCCGCCCUUGCGGGUCGCCUAUAGCGCGCCUAUAGAGGCCUCGCGGCGGGCGGGCCGGCCCCUGGCGCAGGUGGGCCGCGCCGCCCCAUAGAGGCGCUCCUAUGGCCGCUAUAGGGCGCGCCUAGGGCCGCGGCCCCGCCCCGUCCAGCACAGCCCGCGCCGCCGGGGGAGGUGCCGGAGCCGCGGCCGAGCCGGGCCGGGCCGAGCCGAGCCGAGCCGAGCCGAGCCGAGCCGGCCGCAGCCAUGGCGGAGCUGCGCGUGUUUCCCCUCUCCUGCGUGGCGCAGAGCUAUGCCUGGGGCAAGGUCGGCCUGGAGAGCGAGGUGGCCAAGCUGCUGGCCAGCAGCGACCCCCUGGUCCGCAUAGAGCCCGACCGGCCCUACGCCGAGCUCUGGAUGGGCGCCCACCCCAAGGGCGACGCCGUGAUCCGGGAUAACCGCAUCCCCCAGCAGACCUUGGGCCAGUGGAUCGCGGAUAACCCCGGGUGCCUGGGCGCCAAGGUGAAGGACACCUUCGAUGGCCGGCUGCCUUUCCUCUUCAAAGUGCUCUCGGUCAACACAGCCCUCUCCAUCCAGGCGCACCCCAACAAGGAGCUCGCGGCGAAGCUGCACGCCCAGUUCCCCGAGCACUACCCGGACGCCAACCACAAGCCAGAAAUGGCCAUCGCGCUGACCCCCUUUGAGGGCUUGUGCGGUUUCCGGCCCGUCGAGGAGAUCGUGUCCUUCCUCCAGACCGUCCCCGAGCUGCGGGCGCUGAUCGGCGACGUGGCCGCGGAGCAGCUGGAGCGCAGCGUGAGCGACGACCCGCGCGGCGUGUCGGCCGCCCUGCGCGUCUGCUUCACCCGCAUGAUGAAGAGCGAGAAGAAGUUCUUCGUGGACCAGCUGAACAUGCUGGUGAAGAGGAUUUCCCAGGAAGCUGCCGACGGGAAGGACACGGCGGGCAGCAACGGGGACCUGCUGCUGCGGCUGCACUCCCAGUACCCCGGCGACAUCGGCUGCUUCACCAUUUACUUCCUCAACCUGGUGAGGCUGGAGCCGGGGGAGGCUAUGUUCCUGGGCGCCAACGAGCCGCACGCCUACCUGCACGGAGACUGCGUCGAGUGCAUGGCCUGUUCGGACAACACCGUGCGAGCCGGGCUCACCCCCAAGUUCAUCGACGUGCUCACCUUGUGCGAGAUGCUCAACUACACGCCGGCACCCAGCAGCUCCAAGAUCUUCCCUGCCACGCAGAGCCAGCUCGAUCCCAGCGUCUACCUCUACGACCCGCCCGUGCCGGACUUCACGCUCAUGAGGAUAGAGAUUCCUUCCUCUAUCAAGCUGUACCUCGUCUCUGCUGUGGACUCUGCUAGCAUCUUGCUGGUGAUCCAAGGAACGGCUGUAGGUACCUCCACAGCCGCAGCGUCCGAAAUGACCCUGCGUCGUGGCUCUGUGCUGUUCAUCUCUGCCAACGAGAGCAUCUCCCUCCACCUCUCCUCACCAGAAGGGAUGCUGCUCUUCCGGGCCUGCUGCCUCCUCUGAGUGGGGACCCCAGGACACCCCCUCUGCAGUGGCUCCACUUUAGAGUAGAUAGAAACUGGCCUGGGCAAAGUAGGCUUGCCAGGUUGGGUGUUAGCUUGAAAAUCGCCCCUUAGUCCACUAUUAAACCCAAAGUAACUCGCACUCAAUUUGUACAAAAAGCAAUGUCACACUCACCCUCUGGCUUCUGAAUCGACUCCUUGAUCACGGCCCAGAGCAAAGGGGGGAGGAAGAACCUCUCCCUUCGUAGCUUUGUAACCACAUCCCCGCGUGCGUGGGAUGGGGGUGUCCCCCUAGCAUCCCACCCCACAGAGCCCGUACUCACCAGUGCUGCUAAUGCCGUAUGGCAACAUUUUUUUUCCCCUCCCUCUUGCUGAAAAGCAGCAGGGAGGUGUGAGACCUGUGCCCUCCGUCUCGCGAGAAGUCCUUACCUGGUGCUGGAGAGCAGCGCCGCUGCCCGUCUCGUAGGGACGUUCUGCUGCUUGCCCGUGCAAAUGUGAUGCUGAGGUUUUCUCCUGGGUGGGGAGAAGAGAGCUGGGGCUGCCGUGGGGCUUAGUUAGACCAGACUUCAUCCAAAGCGCUUCGGGGGGCUGCAGGCAGGGAGAGGGGCUUGGCUGGCCUUGGGGAACGUUUAUUUGCUGUCCCUCUGUACUGCACGUCACUGCCUAUUGCUGACAGCUAACUGUGAAACGCCUAAUUCUCAUCUAAAGCGGGAGGUGCGAUCGCAUCUGGCACCUCCCGGCUCUCGCCAGCACCCAGGCGUGUUGCGCAGGGCUGGACGAAGGCAGCCUGGGGGGCAGAUCUGGGGAGGGGCACGCGCCUGGGUGUUUGGUGUGCUCACCGUGCCUGAUCGUUCGUAGGCAGCCACGUAAGCUGUGCCCUCCCUUCCCCGUGUGUGGAAGGGAAAAGGCACAGCCUUACUUCACAGGGUGGUGCGAAGCUGAAUGUUUGGAGAUCCUCAAGUGAACCGGUGCUAAGAAUAAAGUGGUAACUUUG